AUGACAUGCCCUCUCGCCCAACCAGCUGUUUCCAUGCGCCAUGCUGCCGAGAUGAGGGGAUGGGGGGAAGAGGAAGCGGAGAAGGACGCCCUGGGCUCAUUCUGUGCUGCUUCUGGCGCCGCCGCUGCUACUGCUAUCCAUGUCCCUGUCACCGGCGCUGCCACUGCUGCAGUGCGUGUGGAGUGUGGUACCCGCAGCAUGGGCGGUGGGGCGGUGGUGGUGUUUGGAAGAGGCGUGCCUGCUGUGGCAGUGCCUUGGAUCCUGGCCAUGUGUUUGCUGUUCGCACAUGGAGGGGUAGGCGAUGCUCUGGUAUCAGCACGGUCUCACAAUGCUCACCCAACAGCAGCAGGAGCAGCAGCAGCAGGAGCAGCAGCAGCACACACCUCAACAUCAUCACCCACAUCCUCCUCCUUCCAUCGCGCACCGUCCACUGAAUCUGGUCAAAUCCUCCCGCCCCGGCACAACAAUCCAGCUUCUUUCCAACCGAAUCGCUCCCCUCUCCCACCACCUCUGUCCCCUCCUGCCGCCAUCAGCACAACCAACCCCACUCUCCUCACCACCAACACACCCAACCCCACAAUCUCCUUCCGCCUGCCCCUAUCCCGCAAGACCAUGGGUCUGCCAGACAUAGUCCCGGAGCAAUCAAGCAACCAGGGCACACUCACCAACCAGAUCCAAUUCAACACUCAAAUCGCCGAGGCGAAAGGCGGCAAAGUCGAGCAGAACAACUCGCAGGCUCAAGCCGUGACCUCUGCUGCUCCCAGCUCGGGGGGCGUGGCAUCGGCUCCUGCGCCUGCUCCUUGCUCGGACAAGGACAAGAAGUGCAAGAAGGAGCAGGCCAAGGAGGAAUUGGCAAGAGAUACAAACCAGCUGCAUCGGGACGUCGGGCAGGUCGGGCAGGACGUGCGGCAAAUCGGGCAAGAUGUGGCGCAGUGGGUGCCUCGGACCCCGUUGGACCUGACUUACACGUUUCCGGCGGCUCCGGAUUACCGGAGGACUUUUGCAGAGGUCAUUCCGGAGGGCGCUGAUGGGAUCUUUGUGAGCUUCCCUGGUGGUGGUGGGUCGCGUCGGCAGCCAUGA